CCAUGGUCCCCGCAGCGGUCACAGGGCAGCAAAGGGACAGGCUGGACGGGCUUUUGGUUCCUAAAUGCUGUCGAACCGGGAGGGGUCUCCAGUGUUUUUCCCUUUGUGAUCUGGAGUUUGCGGUCCAAGAAUAAGCCCCGAGCUCCCCAGAAAGAAGGUGGGGACCCGGGGGUGGAGGAAGCACAAGGUGUCCCGAGGGGACAGUGUUCCUGAGCAGUGCAACUCCACGGCGGACACGGUGUGCUGCCCACCUGGUCCAGAGCGCACGUGCGGUCGGUCUGUCUGGACUUGGUCCCACGGCUGCUGUUAACUCUGUCGGCGUCUGACUUUACUGAGACGUUUUCGGUUUCUCCCGACGCCAGAGCGCAGACAGCGGUGGUUUGGUCGGGAGCUGUUUCUUGUUCCCCCGUCUGUCUACCACCUGUGUCUUCUGAACAAGUCGAAAGAUCCCAGCCCGCGUGCAGCGGGACCCCGAGCGGUGCGAGCGACUAGUCGGAGCCCCUGGAGCGGACAUCCGCUUCCUGUCUUGGCUCCUCGGGACUCCGUGGGGCACAGUUCUAAGGAAGUCGCUCUCGUGCAGCCAGUCCGCCCUGGACCGGUCUGUGAUUCCGGUCGCCACUCAUCCGACCUGGAGGACCCACGCGGGCAGCCGCGUAAUUGAAACCACGACACCCGGCUGAGCCGCUGCUCCGGGGCGGGGCUCGCUCCGGUCGCCUCGCUCCCCUCUCCCGACUCUGCCGCCGCUCCUCGUCCGGGCGCAGGCCCCUAAGCCGGCAGAGUCUUCGACGUGGACCGACUCACCGAGUGCAGCCUGGGCAGACCUGGCUCCUUCACCACCCACUGCAACCCAGAGACGGCGUGCCUGCCAUGUGCCCAGUGCCGGGAGGGUGGUCCCUGCUGCCCAGCCCCUGCUGGCUUCUCUCUCUGUGUGCACAGCAGGUCAGGAUGGGGAGGUGCCUGGUGCCCCGACUGCCCGCCCUCCCUGUGUGCCUCGCUGUGGUCCAGCUGCUCAGCUCCUCCUCAGCUGAAUUUGCUGUGGUCGGACCCCCCGAGCCCAUCCUGGCCAUGGUGGGUGAAGACGCAGACCUGCCCUGUCACCUGUCCCCAAAGAUGAGCGCUGAGAACAUGGAGCUGAUGUGGGUGCGACCCAGCCGCAGGCAGGUAGUGCACAGGUACGCACACGGGCAGGAGGAGACGCCGGCAGAGGAGUUUCGAGGGAGAACUUCGGUUUUACGAGAGGACGUCACUGCGGGGAAGGCCGCUCUCCGGAUUCACGACGUCAGCGUCUCUGACAACGGAACCUACCUGUGUUAUUUCCAAGACGGAGACUUCUAUGCAGAAGCCCAGGUGGAGCUGCAGGUGGCAGCUCUGGGCUCUGAUUUCCACAUUGACAUGAAGGGCUACGAGGCUGGAGGAAUCCGUCUGGAGUGCACGUGUGGCGGCUGGUACCCGCAGCCCCAGAUCCAGUGGAGAGACGCCAGGGGACACAGCUUGUCCUCGGAGGCAGCAUCUGCGGCUGCAGACCCCCAGGGCCUUUAUGCAGCCUCAGCGUCUGUGAUCCUGGAAGGCGGCUCUGGGGAGGGGGUCUCCUGUGUCAUCAGAAAUCCCCUGCUGGGCCCGGAGAGGUCAGCCAGGCUUUCCAUCGCAGGUGCCUUCUUCAGGGACACACAGCCUUGGAUGGUGGUGCUCCUGAUCGUGCUGGGUAUCGUGCUGGUCGUGGUGGUGGUGGUGGAGGUGGUGGUGGUGUGCUUGCUGCGGCGACACUGGAAGAGGAGCCAGGCACCGUCUCAGGAUGAGGGGAGAGAGCACGAGAGACGCUGCAGGACCAGCUCGUCACAGGGAGGCACCCAGCCCAGGGUGAAUCUGCUGCCCGAGGAUGCAGAGCGGGGCCCACCAGCUGCCGGCGCAGACACCAGACCACUGCUGCAGCAGCAGGGCGCAGCCGUGCGGUCCCCUGAGGACUCUGAGGCCAGUGUCGAGCUGCAGGCGGUGGUGCCCGCAGGGGGCAUGGCCAACCCACAGCAGGCGCUGCAGACCCAGGUGCCUCCAGGGGGUGGCAGCCCCCAUCCACACCUCAGAGAAGCAAUAUGAACAAGCGUGUUUUGAAGGACGGGUCUCAUGAGGCCACGAACAAUCUACUCCGAAAUCGGGCAGGAGGUUCCACAAUCUAGCUGGAGGAACCUCAUGUUCAUGAGAUCCAAGGGACUGGAGGAGAACGACCUUGUCAUCUGUGAGCACGGGGACCCGGGGACCCUGGCGGAGCAGCAGCACAGGAUACUGCCGCGCUGGCAGAGCGAGCUGGGGCGAGCCGCGUCCCCCUUCAGACUCAUGGCGGCCCUCCGUGAGAUGCGGCUGCGGGAGCGUCUGGAGAAUGUUAGCAAUGAGCUGGUGCGGAAGGUGUCUUAGGUCGUGAGGACGCAGAGCCCCGAACUGGAGUCAGCUCCUUUGGCAACGACUGGGACUUAGCAGCAUCCUGGGUGCUGACCUUCCCCAGGUCCCUUCCCGUGGGCGCCUUCACAGGUCCCAGGUGGGACGGAGCCCCUCCGUGUCCAAGGAGCUUCUUCUGGAAGCUUCCGACGGGGAGGUUCACGCAAGGUGGGGCCCCUCUGCCUGCAGCCCAUGUGGCCUACAGGCUGGCCCUCAGGGGACUCCAGGGGCCUUGAGCUGCUUGGAAAGGGACCCACUGGCUGUGCUCGGUGGGCCCACGAGCCGUGGCCUCCUCCAGAAACAGAGGCCAGGAUGGCUGGCUGGUCACGUGUGUGACCCCAGCAGCUCACUCCUUGGUCUCCUUGGCACUGCGAUGCCCCCCGGCUUCCACUUGGGAGCGCCAUACCUGGGUGACACUUAAGUCAGUCCAUGACAGAUAAACUAGUGGCCACUCAGCUGUCACCAGGUUAGCUGGGGUGGGGCAUGGGGACAGUCUCAUGCCAGGUUUAAAUGCCUUUGUACAGUUCUCUAGACAAUCAGCAUAUGUGCUCUUCCAGUUUUCUUUAUGUGUUAACAUUUCUCUUACAUAGUGUGUUCACAUGUUUGUACAAAUUUUUUUACCCAGUAAAAUUUAUAUAUUUUUUUAUUUUUUAAAGUUUUUAAAAUAUAUUUUAUUGA